GCGCGGGCGGGUUGGGGCUGUGUGCAGGGCCAGCCCCGAGCCGGAGCCGCCGCGGUGAAACGCCCGCGCUCCGCCGAGACCACCGUGCCGGCUCUUUGCCUCGGUCGCCGCAGUUUCGGGCCGUCGCCACCACCGCUGCUGCUGCCGCCGGAAGAGCGGCUAACUAUUGUCUUUCUCCGCGGCGAGGGUGCGGAGCUGCUCCGGCUUGGCCCGCGGGGGAGCCCCGGGGCGCCUCACGUGUAACCAAAACAACUGCACAAAGUUGAAGUGUAUUUUCACAUUUGGGCUAAGGAAAACAUCAAGUGAUCAUGAAAAUGUAAAGAAGAAAAAAUAUUCUGAGUUCUCACUGCCACUCAGGGGAAACUUGGUGGAAGAUCAUACAUGAUGAUUUAGGCUUACCUGACUAGAGGAGUUUUUGCCAUCCUUCCAGAUCAUACCCUCUCCUUCAUGACCAUCUCUGAGGAAUUUUCUUUUAGUGUCCUGGGUCAUGAAACUUAAUCCACAACAAGCUCCAUUAUAUGGCGAUUGUGUUGUUACUGUACUGCUCGCUGAAGAAGACAAAGUUGAGGAGGAUGUAGUUUUUUACUUGGUAUUUUCGGGUUCCACCCUCCAUCACUGUACAAGUACUCGGAAGGUCAGUUCUGAUACUCUGGAGACCAUUGCUCCCGGUCAUGACUGCUGCGAGACAGUGAAGGUGCUGCUCUGUGCUUCCAAAGAGGGCCUGCCUGUGUUUGUGGUGGCGGAAGAAGACUUCCAGUUCAUCCAGGACGAGGCCUAUGAUGCAGCCCAGUUCCUGGCAACCAGUGCUGGAAAUCAGCAGGCCCUGAACUUCACCCGUUUCCUGGAUCGAUCAGGGCCCCCGUCUACAGACGUGAACUCCCUCGAUGAGAAAGUUUCCCUGGCAUUCAGGCACCUCAAGCUGCCAGCCGAGUGGAAUGUGUUGGGGACAGAUGCGACUUCACAUGAUGGUGGUCCCCGGGAGACGUUGAUGCAUUUUGCUGUGCGGCUAGGACUGCUAAGGCUGACGUGGUUGCUGUUGCAGAAGCCAGGUGGCCGUGGAGCGCUCAGCAUUCACAACCAGGAAGGAGCAACACCUGUGAGCUUGGCCUUGGAGCGGGGUUAUCACCAGCUGCACCAGCUUCUAACUGAGGAGAAUGCUGGAGAACCAGACUCCUGGAGCAGCUUAUCCUAUGAAAUCCGUUAUGGAGACUGUUCUGUGAGGCAUCACCGAGAGCUGGAUGUCUAUACGUUAACCUUGGAGUCUGAAUCACACGGAGAACCCCCGCUUCCUGGAGAUAGUUGCACUGGACAUAUUUUUAAACUUAUGAACAUCCAACAGCAGCUAAUGAAAACAAACCUGAAGCAGAUGGAUAGUCUUAAGCCUUCAAUGGUGACAGCAGAGGAUCCUUCAAGUCUGCCCGGUGACCAUCCCUGUGCAUCAGAGCCCCCAGUCAGCCAGCAGCAUGCUUCUCCUGAAGAUGCAGAGAGCUCUCAGUGCUGCCAUGGGAGCACAGUGGGGCAGAUUGAAACUUCCUUUGAUUUAUCAAGUGGGGUUAAGGAGGACAAUGCAGACUGUUUCUGUAGCAAGAAAAAUAAAAGCCUGGAGAAAGGAGAUGAGGUGGAGCCGGCACCUUUUGUGGAUGCUGGGACUGUGUCUGAUCCUGACAGCUGCCUUCAGGGCACACCUGAUUGCAAAGGAAAGGGCACAGAAGAUCUUCCAUCCUGUGGAAUCAGAAAUGAAGACACUGGAACAAAAUCUUCAGCAGUGGCCACGGACCAGGAGUCUCCAGGCGGUGGAGUUAGUGUCCUGCAGGGAGGCGUGGUCAUGAAGCCUGGCACGGCCCAACCUUUCUCUGCAGGUGAACUAGUGGUUAGUUCAUCAGAUGCCUGUGUCCCAGAGACUGCAGGGGAAAUGGAACCUGGUCUCAUGAACCCCGAUGCCACCAUCCAGACCAAUAUGCUUGAAGUAGAGGGGAGUACAAAGGAAGGAUCUGAGGACUCCAGUAUCAGCACAACCGGAGCCUCUGACCUAAAAGUCACAGAUGAGCCUGUGGAUAAAGCCAGUGUUCUAAACGGUGUCUCUGCUGCAGGUUCCCUGGAUGCUGACAAACCUGCUGAGUCUUUAUUUGCAGUUAGUAAUGGAGAAACUGCCACUGAAAAAACUGUAGAAACUGAAAUGUCUAGAAGUUGUGAAGAGAGUACUGAUACUCCAAGAGCUCAGAACUCUCAGUUAAUUCUAACUGCUGCAAAAGACGAGAUUUCAGAAGGGUUCAAACCUGACACUCCCUUAGCAGGCACGUGUGUGGCAGUGUUACCCUCUGAUUUAACCUUUACCGGCCCACAAAAAGACGUUAUGCUAAACCAGAAAUCAGAAACAGAUUCAUCUCAUGUUCAAAGCCAAAACAAUAUAUCACCCAUCUGUUCUACAACUGGAGUUGAUAAACUUUGUGCUGCCUCCGCAUGCCAACAGAACAUGGUGACUUCUAGUGGUGUGUUGGCUGCAGAACACCGUGAUGACAUAGUUACCAAGACUGAAAGCACCACCACAGGACUGCCCAGCACACACCUGCCCACUGCCAGCUGCUCAGAAGGCCCAAAGGCUCACCCUGUGAGAAACCCUCAGGAACAUGUGGAUUUUUGUCCUUUGGAAGUUUUGGAUAAAGAAAGCCAAGGGGAAAAUUUGAAACUAGAAACAUCUUUAACAGAUAUGCCUGAGGUAGUCCCACAUCCACAUGUAAUUGUCUCCAAAGCUGAGAAAGAGUGGGAGUCAGACCACGCAGGGACAUCAGGCAAGACUUUCUCUCUGGCAGGCAGUCCCGGCAGUGAAUCAGUAACCAAAGAUGACGCGCUUUCUCUUGUCCCCUCCCAGAAUGAAAAGGGAACAGCAACUCGUGAACCACAUACAGAUUGUACAGAUGGCCCAGACGGAGACUUGAAUGAUCCGGAGAAGCAGCCACCAGAAGACAGUGCAACAGGCCUGUGUCUACGCUCCUCUGCCCUAGAUCUUCAGCCUAGCAUGGGGAAUACCAGUCCUGUGGGACUUGGUGGGGAGGACGAGGAUCCCUGCCUCUCAGCAGCCCCUGAAGUCCUAAAUAUCGAGGGGGCCGCUGACUCUUCACUACUACAUGCGGGUCAGGCCACUUUGGCCUCUGAUUCUGUUUUGACUGAAGAAGGAGAAAGUCAGGUGGUUACAGAAAGCCCUGCAGCUCGGGGACCAGAUGACAAGGAUAAAGCAGUGACCUGUUCCUCCAUUAAGGAAGACACCCUUUGUGCAGGAACGUUGCAGGAAAAGCAGAGAACACCACCUCCUGGACAAGAGGCCCUGGGAUUCCGUGAAGAACCUAGUUCAGCUGCCUGUGCUGAGGAUAGAGCUCCUCAGCAUGGUAAUUCACUGGGCACACCCUUGGCUCGUCUUAAUGCAGAAACUAAACAUAACAAGGAAGUGGCCCCACCAGUCUCACUGCUGACUGAAGGUGGGGCUGCCCAGAGCCUGGUGCCACCAGGAGCAAGUCUGGCUGCAGACUCAAGCCAGGAAGCCUUGGGUGCAGAGCACAGCAGCUCACCUCCAUUGCCAAGUCUGUUACCAGAUGGGUCUGAGACUCUUAACGGCAGUCAAUCUCCUGCUCUGGAUGUUGGAGUGAAAAGCACUCAGUCCCAGGAGACCACUGCUUGUGAGGUGAGUGGAGAUGUGGCGUUGGAUGGUGCCAUGGUCAGUGCCCUACAAGGCACCGUUGGGGCCAGAAGAAAGGAUAUGUCAUAUCACACCGAGGACAUGCCGAUCCCACCAGUCUUGUUGAGCCCAGAGAAGAAUAUGAUCCUGGGUGUGCCAGGAGCUUUACUAGACAAAGGUGUGACUGGUCUUGAGGACACUGCAAUCCCAGAGCUGGAACCACUGGGCCGGGAGAAGGGGAAGGUGGAGGGAGCAGGUGGCAGCUGUAGUCUGGGCGACUCCAAGGAGGCACAGAGGGGUGAGGAAGCGUAUCACAUCCCGCUGCAGCCUGUUGCCAAAGAUCCCCCCACAGAGACGGGGCCCCCAGGCCGUAGUGACCAGGCCCCAGGCAGGGAAAGGGGUGCUGUCCCUGUGCUCUGCGCUGUCUCUGCUGAAGUUGCGCUGCCGCCUGAGAGAGCAGGCUCGAUCGAGGAGGCUGCUAGUCGCAUAGUGGAUGCUGUCAUAGAGCGAGUCAAGGCCUCAGGAGCACUGAUGACAGAGGGGAAGAUCAGUCACGUGUUCCUGUCCAGUCCUUCCGAGUCAGGCCCAGAGACUGAACAGCUAGAGAGUGCUUCUCCAGGGAAGGCGCAUGCUGUCCAGCCUGCGGAGACCCCACCAAUGGGCAGUGUUUGCAGAGAAGCCUCUGAGAACCUUACAGGAUGCUUUGCUGGAAGGGAGGAGCCAGAGAAGAUUAUUCCGCCUGUCCUGGGAUCUGGGCCAGCAACAGAAAUGCCAGACGCAAAAGCUGAAGAUGAAGUGGAUUUUCUGAAUAACCCUGGGGAAAGUUCAAUUUCUGAAGAGGUGGCUAUCAGCAACAGAGCUAUGACACCUGAACUGAAACAAGGCCUGAAGACACAGGUGAUAAACCGAGAAAGCUGGUGUACCAUUGAGCCAUGCCCUGAUGCAACAUCUCUUUUGGCUCCCACACAGAGCCCAGAUUGUGAUAACUUCCUGGAUGUCGGACUAGGCAGAGAGUGUGCCUCAAAACAAGGUGUACUUAAAAGAGAAUCUGGGAGUGAUUCUGACCUCUUUCACUCACCCAUUGAAGAAGUGGACAGGAUUAUCUUCUCCAAGCCUGAGGAAGAGCAGUUGGCCUGUGAUAUCACUGGAUCUAGUUCCUCCACCGAUGACACAGCAUCUUUGGAUCGACAUUCUUCGCAUGGCAGUGAUGUGUCCCUCCCCCAGAUUUCAAAUUUGAACAGGUCCAGAGACCAGCAAUGUCUUAAUGGCUUCUACAGCCAUGGGGUGGGAGCUGAGGGUCGAGAGAGUGAGAGUGAGCCUGCUGGCUCAGGUGAGAUGGAAGAGGAGGAGAUGGACAGCAUCACCGAAGUACCUGCGAACUGCUCUGUCCUGAGGAGUUCUAUGCGCUCUCUGUCUCCUUUCCGGAGGCACAGCUGGGGUCCUGGGAAGAAUGCAGCCAGUGAUGCAGAAAUGAACCAUCGGAGUUCAAUGCGAGUUCUUGGGGAUGUUGUCAGGAGACCUCCCAUUCAUAGGAGAAGUAUGAGCUGGUGUCCUUCUGGUGUGCAAUACUCUACAGCCCUGAGUGCUGACUUUAAUUGCAGAAGUUUCAGUCUAGAGGGCUUAACAGGAGGAGCUGGAAACAAGCCGUCUUCAUCUCUGGAUGUAAACCCUUCAAACACCAAAGAGCUGAGGCACCCUUUUAGUGGCGAGGAAAGGGGUGACUCUUUGGUGUCACUUUCAGAAGAGGAUCUGGAAUCAGGCCAGAGAGAACAUAGAAUGUUUGAUCAGCAGACGUGUCACAGAUCUAAACAACAGGGAUUUAAUUACUGUACAUCAGCCAUUUCUUCUCCAUUGACAAAAUCCAUCUCAUUAAUGACAAUCAGCCAUUCUGGAUUUGACAAUUCACGACCCUUCCACAACACCAGUGCUAAUCUGACCGAGAGUAUAACAGAAGAGAACUUCACUUUCCUGCCACCAAGCCCCUCCAAGAAAGAUUUUGAAUGGAAAAGUGGAACAAAAGUCAGCCGUACAUUCAGCUACAUCAAGAACAAAAUGUCCAGCAGUAAGAAGAGCAAGGAAAAGGAAAAGGAGAAAGAUAAAAUUAAGGAGAAGGAGAAGGAUUCUAAAGAGAAGGAGAAGGACAAGAAGACCGUCAACGGACAUACUUUCAGUUCCAUCACUGUUGUGGGUCCCAUCAGCUGUAGCCAGUGCAUGAAGCCUUUCACCAACAAAGAUGCCUACACUUGUGCAAAUUGCAGUGCUUUUGUCCAUAAAGGCUGUCGAGAAAGUCUCAUCUCCUGUGCAAAGGUCAAAAUGAAGCAGCCCAAAGGGUGCCUUCAAGCACAUGACACGUCAUCACUACCCACAGUCAUCAUGAGAAACAAGUCCUCCCAGCCCAAGGAGCGCCCUCGGUCUGCCGUCCUUCUAGCCGACGAAACCACUUCGGCCCCUGUGUUUGCUAAUAGACGGUCCCAGCAGAGUGUCUCGCUCUCCAAGAGUGUCUCCAUACAGAACAUUGCUGGAGUUGGCAAUGAUGAGAACAUAUCAAACACCUGGAAAUUCCUGUCUCAUUCAACAGACUCACUAAAUAAAAUCAGCAAGGUCAAUGAGUCAACAGAGUCCCUUACUGAUGAGGGAGUAGGGACAGACAUGAAUGAAGGACAACUAAUGGGAGACUUUGAGAUUGAGGCCAAACAGCUGGAAGCAGAGUCCUGGAGUCAAAUUGUGGACAGCAAGUUUCUGAAACAGCAAAAGAAAGAUGUGGUCAAACGGCAAGAAGUGAUUUAUGAGCUGCUGCAGACGGAGUUCCACCACCUCCGCACACUCAAGAUCAUGAGCGACGUGUACAGCCGGGGCAUGAUGGCCGACCUGCUCUUCGAGCAGCAGAUGGUGGAGAAGCUGUUCCCCUGUUUGGAUGAGCUGAUCAGUAUCCACAGCCAGUUCUUCCAGAGACUCCUGGAGCGGAAAAAGGACUCUCUGGUGGAUAAAAGUGAAAAGAACUUUCUCAUCAAGAGGAUUGGGGAUGUGCUUGUGCACCAGUUUUCAGGAGAGAAUGCAGAACGCUUAAAGAAGACAUACGGCAAGUUUUGUGGGCAGCACAACCAGUCUGUAAACUACUUCAAAGAUCUUUAUACCAAGGAUAAGCGUUUUCAGGCCUUCGUGAAGAAGAAGAUGAGCAGUUCCGUCGUACGGAGGCUUGGCAUCCCAGAGUGCAUAUUGCUUGUGACCCAGCGGAUCACCAAAUACCCAGUUUUGUUCCAAAGAAUAUUGGAGUGUACCAAAGACAGUGAAGCAGAGCAGGAAGAUCUGGCUCAGUCCCUGGGCCUGGUGAAGGAUGUGAUUGGAGCUGUGAACAGCAAAGUGGCAAGUUAUGAAAAGAAAGUCCGUCUCAAUGAGAUUUAUACGAAGACAGAUAGCAAGUCGAUCAUGAGGAUGAAGAGUGGUCAGAUGUUUGCCAAGGAGGAUCUGAAGCGGAAGAAGCUUGUGCGGGAUGGGGGCGUGUUUCUGAAGAGUGCGGCAGGAAGGUUGAAAGAGGUUCAAGCGGUCCUGCUUACUGACAUUUUAGUUUUCCUUCAAGAAAAAGACCAGAAAUACAUCUUUGCGUCACUGGACCAGAAAUCAACAGUGAUCUCUUUGAAGAAACUGAUUGUAAGAGAAGUGGCACAUGAGGAGAAAGGUUUGUUUCUGAUCAGUAUGGGGAUGAAAGAUCCAGAGAUGGUGGAAGUCCAUGCCAGCUCCAAAGAGGAGCGGAACAGCUGGAUUCAGAUCAUCCAGGACACAAUCAACACCCUGAACAGAGAUGAAGAUGAAGGAAUUCCUAGUGAGAAUGAGGAAGAAAAGAAAAUGUUGGACACCAAAGCCCGGGAGUUAAAAGAGCAACUUCAACAAAAGGACCAACAGAUCCUGCUUUUACUGGAAGAGAAGGAGAUGAUUUUCCGGGACAUGACUGAGUGCAGCACUCCUUUGCCAGAGGAUUGCUCCCCAACACACAGCUCUAGAAUCCUCUUUCGUUCCAACACAGAAGAGUCUCUCAAGGGAGGACCGUUAAUGAAAAGUGCAAUAAAUGAGGUGGAGAUCCUUCAGAGUUUGGUGAGUGGAAGCCUGGGAGGCACCCUUGGGCAGGCUGUGAGCAGCCCUACUGAGCAAGAAGGCAUGGUGGGCCCUGUUUCCCUGCCCCGGAGAGCAGAGACCUUUGGAGGGUUUGACAGCCAUCAGAUGAAUGCUUCAAAAGGUGGUGAAAAGGAAGAGGGAGAUGAUGGCCAAGAUCUUAGGAGAACAGAAUCAGACAGUGGUCUGAAAAAGGGUGGAAAUGCUAACGUGGUAUUUAUGCUUAAAAGAAACAGUGAGCAGGUCGUCCAGAGCGUCAUCCAUCUCCACGAGCUCCUCAGCACUCUGCAGGGUGUGGUGCUGCAACAAGACAGCUACAUCGAGGACCAGAAGCUGCUGCUGACUGAGCGGACGCUCACACGGACGGCAUCCCGGCCCAGCUCCCUCAUCGAGCAGGAGAAGCAGCGCAGCCUGGAGAAGCAGCGCCAGGACCUGGCCAACCUGCAGAGGCAGCAGGCGCAGCACCUGGAGGAGAAGCGGCGGCGGGAGCGCGAGUGGGAGGCCCGCGACAGGGCGCUGCAGGAGCGCGAGGUGCGGCUGGCGCAGCGCGAGGACGAGCUGCGGCGAGGCCGCCAAGACCUGGAGCGCGAGCGGGAGGAGCUGCAGCAGAGGAAGGGCACCUACCAGAGCGACCUGGAGCGCCUGCGCGCCGCCCAGAGGCAGCUCGAGCGCGAGCAGGAGCAGCUGAAGCGUGACCGCGACGCCUGCCAGGUUUUCCAUCAACACACCAAGAUGAUGAGAAUCCCAUCCUUCUCACCCAGUCCUGAGGAGGCCCCCUUGCCAUCUGCACCUUCAAUGGCCAAAUCAGGGUCAUUGGACUCAGAACUCUCAGUGUCCCCCAAAAGGAACAGCCUCUCUCGGACACACAAAGAAAAGGGGACUUUUCACAUACUGGGUUCCACGAGCCAGACGAGCAGAAUACCAGAGGGUCAGAGCCAGACGCCAGUCUGCACCUCCACAUCCACCUCCACCCGCCUGUUUGGGUUAGCCAAGCCAAAGGAGAAGAAGGAAAAAAAGAAGAAGAGCAAAGGAAGCCGCUCGCAGCCCGGUGAUGGCCCUGCCUCGGAAGUAUCCGCAGAGGGGGAAGAGAUCUUCUGCUGACCUGCUCCUCUGCUGAGGCAGCUGCCUCCCAUCCCGGCCAGCGGCUGCAGCCCCGCCUCCUGCUGUCCUUUGUGCACACUCUCCGACACUGACGCCCCAGCUCCAGCAUCCGGCCCUGCCACGCUGCCCCAGGUCCUGGGCCAGAGCAGCACAUGGUCUUGGGGAUCAGGGUGGGGAAGGAGGCCCGGGACUGGCAACCCAACAACUCGUGGGUUGGGGCCGGCCCUACUGAGGAUGUUAUACCAAGAGUAGUGGCCCCAGAAGUCCAGGCAAUGGUUUUGGACAGGAAUUCCUAGAGGCUGAAAGUGUUUCCAAAUGAGGUCUGAACUCUGAUUGCCUUUUAUUUUGGGGAACAGAACCAAAAAUCCAACAGCAGAGAGUUUGAACUUUACCUUAAUGUGUACAAGAACCCGUCUGCAUAUACAGGGGUAUGCGGAACUGCACAGGUCUGUCCCAGACACCUGGCAGGCUCAGCUGUGCGCAAGGGGCGCUGCCCAGCACCAGUCAGGGAACGCGGCUCGGAGACUCACCCCCUGGUCCUCCAGGCUGUCUCCCUGUAAACCCACCCUGUGCACACCUCAUCCUUUUUUUUGUGUGUAUGUCUCAUUUCACUUUAGAAGGGACAACAAACAUUUGUGAACCCCAGUGAGAGAAGGCUUGAUGUGUUUAAAAAGCAGAUGAUCUGCACCACCUUAAUUUUGGUGUUUCAGUCACUUAAAAAAAAAAAAAAUAGCUAAUCUCAUCAAAUCCAGAAGAAAUCAUAUAGUUUCAAGGAUAUUUGCCCACAUGCUCUGGGCAUAGAUGAAGGAGACAGCCCACCUCACCAUCACCCUGCAGUGUGACACUUUUUGGUUGUCACCAGCCACUCAGAAGUGGCAGUAUUCCUGAGACCUCACGGUGGCUCUCCAGGGAAGCCACUCCUACCUGGAGCUCCCCAUGGGAGAGGGUGGCCUGUUGGCACGACUUACCCGCCCAGGUGGGGCCCCCGGUACUGGAGAGCUGGCUGAGAAGCAAGUUCAGCUGGGUGUUAGUCCCAUACUUAGUGGAUUCCACCAGUGCAGACCCAGGGAAGAGCUGGCCCAGAGAUGUGUGGCUUGGGAAAGUUCUGCUGUCAGGAGGCCUGGCAAGAUUUCAUUCCUCAGAAAAUUUUUAAAUCUGGAGGUCUAUUGGUUAUUGUACUUCACCCUUUUAAGAUGCUGCCUCUUUGUUCUUUUCCUUCUCUCUCUCCUGUCCCACUGUGUCUUGGUCUGUAUUCCCUGAGGCUUAUCACCAGCUGGGAGGUGCAGGGCGUGUCCCCUCCAGAGGCCGCUGCCCCUGCCAUGUGGUUACCCACCUUGAGGGGAAACCCUGGUAAAAUUCUCUGCUUUAAAUGUGGCCUUCGAUUCCUGCGUUUGCCCCUCAGGAGUAUGGGUCUUUAAACAUACUUUUAAAAACAAACAAAAAAAAUCUGUAACUUGGUGCUUGUUGAUGAAUUGCAAGCUGGCCUUGCAGAUGGAGAUAUUUAUCUUUCAGUUUAUUUGAAAGAGGUCUGGUUUAAAAUUUUUAGCUUAGACUCGUUUUAUUUAUUUGUGUGUGUGUGUGUGUGUGUGUGUGUGAAAGGCAAACACACCAGCCCAACGGUUUCAACCAUCUUACCCACGCAGGAAGUGAACAGCAGCCCACGUUGCAUCCCUACCCUCCCUGUCAGUUAAAGUGCCUUGCAGGCCCAAAGGAAAAUGAAGGAUUGAGGGAAGAAUUUCCUUGCCUCCUUCCACCCCCACCUCGUCCUUUGAUCAAGGGAUGUCUUCUUCUCUCCUUGAGAAUUAAGAAACUUGCUACCCAGGGGCUAGAUGUGCCUAGUUUUGUCAUGGAGAUUUCUUACUUUUCAGAAAUAUACUUUUAGAACAGAACCAACUGAUUUUCUCUUGAACCGCAGAAAUAGACCACUGACAAACCCCCUUCGCCAAAGACCCUAAAGAGCAAAAAGUUAGAUUGUUUCCUGCCACCAGUCCAGCUCCAUAAGGCCGACCUGUCCCACUUUUCCUCAGAUCCAGCCGGAGCUCAGCCAUCUGUCUUUGUCACAGAGUCCCCUGUGUGGGUCCCUGUCCCACAGAGUGACACUCUGCUGGGAGGCACGGACCUGCAUCCUCCCUCUGUGCACGUGGGCUGGGCCUCCCUGGCUCAGGGCUGGUGGGAUUUGCUCUCACACGAGAGCUUCACAAAAAGCGCCCUGGACACUGAGUUUUUGUACAUCUCUGCACAGCUGGCUUUCAACUUUAGUGUCUUUUACCCCCAGCCGGUUAUAAGGUUUUAGUUGCCUUGGUUGUUUGAUGGUAGUUUUUUUAAAUGGAAAUCCCCGCCCCCCCCAUGCACAGUCAUUGGCCCAGGUUCUGUUUGGACAGGUUUAGGGUCAGUCUCCCCAACACAGUCUGCAGCACAGAGAGAACCACUUACCCAGACCCUUUGCCUUGACAUGGGACUUGGGGGCGUUGUGGCCACGCUGGGGAGCUGCCUGGGGUUGUUGCUGCUCCUGCUUCUGCUUAUGGCCUCGAGGCCCACCCUGGUUACUGAAGUUUCUUUCCUGUGAGAAGGGCUGCCUCCCAGGGCAACUCCCACCCAGUCCUCCCCAGUGUCCCCCGGCCAGGAUGCUGUGCUCUCUACCACGCAUGAGGAAUCAGGCGCCUGACCUUGUGUUUAGGUUUGGGGGGACAGAUGGAGCCACCAUCCAGAGCCCCCAGAUUUCCGGAAUCUAAGUUUCUGGAAGAGGCCACAUCUUCUCUAAAGCUUCAUCUCAGUGGUUGUCAUCCCAGUCGGGAGACGCGUGCACUUUAAAUGCCUUCAACGGUUGGCUUCCCCUUCCAGACCAUCAACCAUGUUAGCUGUGUGCUUUGAAAAUGGAGAGGGUUAAAGACAUGCCAACUGCCACAAUCCAGCCUUUGCCAGCAUACCAUCUCCUACCCCCUUAAGAGCUGUCUUUGGGGAAGAAAUCUUCAUCAAGAUGUUUUUUUGUAAAGGUACGAGUCUUUUUUUUCCUCUCGUGUCUCAGGGUAAUACCACUAAGAGUUGUUCCUCUGCUGAUAGUCUCCCUAUUUGUUCUCUUCCCAUGCCCCUAGUACUAGCAGUAGUGAGCAAAAGUUUUCGAGACUCUUGGAAUUUGCUGUAUCUUCAUGGGGGGAGGGGGGCGGGUAUUAGUGGGUAGGGGUUUAAUAGGCCCAGCCUUAAAUAAAAGGUAGCACCGUAACCUUAGACUUCACCCAAGGGUGCCAUUCACAGAGAUACUGUAUUUGUCAUCUGUUGGUCCCAAAGCUGCCUUUUCCAUGGCCAGUUCUUUCUCCCCAAGGGCUUGGUGUUGGCCUUGGAGCUGCAGUUGUCCAUACAGUGUUGAUGGGGACGCCACUUGUUCCCUGUGGACAGGCUGUUGAGAGAGACAGUCCUGUGGCUUGGAGGAGACCCUGGACUCUGCCAGGGGGGCAUCAACCCCCCACGCCUGGACACCCUUGGAAUGCGGAAGCCCAGAAAGAGCUUUAACCCGUGGUUUCCGAGGCUGUGGUGGCAGUGGUUGGCUGAGGAAUGUGUGACUUGCCUUCCUGCAGCAGGACCACGGGACACACAGGCUGUGGUCCUGGGGUCCCAGCCCCACCUGGCGCAGUUGCUGUGAUUGAUCCUCAGAGACAAAGAAGAGGGCAGAGCAUUUGUUUGUUGUGGUUCUUCAUUUUCCUUCAGCAUAGCGUAACAUUCCUAGUUAACCAGCGCUUUGCAAUCUGCUGCCUGCUGGCCAGGUUUUACAAUGAAAAAUCUUCUAAUGCUGCCGUAAUGGGGGAAAAAGGAAGGGAAAAAAAAGGCUUCUCUCCACGUACCAGUCUAAUUUAGUUUGUGAAAAGCUUGACAGACCUUGAGUUAGUUCUCCAUCUCGCUAAGGUUUAAAGACGGCAGACCCAACUGGUUAAAGUCUUUCCUGCCACAGACCGUGACGGCCUGCUCCAGACACGCAGGCGGAACCCGGCCUCUGCUCACCCCAGUCGUCACCCCGCUUGAGUGAUUCUGCCUUUCGCGACCACCUGCCAGGUUGGGCGGCUUGAGGGCACUGACAGGGACCUGCUGGUUGGCUGGCCCGCAGUCACAGUGUAGUCUGUGGAUUCCUGCGUGUCACCCCGUCAGCGCGCAGGAGACCAGGAGACGCCAGGGUUUAUGCAGGAGGGCGAUUACCUACACCUCAUACCUCUGCUCUCAUUCGUUGUUUCCAGAUGCUAUAGGAACAUUUCUGUGCUGAAUCCUAUUAGAUUAAAAAGGGGUUAAAACCCAAAUGCUGUAUAUUAAUUUGUAAUUAUGUAUAAAGUAAAGCAGUUUUAAACUGUAAAGAUUUUUUUUCAGUGUGUUUUCUGAAAUUUUGCCACAACAUACCGGCUUUGUAUUUUAUUUAUCAUCUUUUCUAGUUAUUGGCUUCAGACUCUUGUAAAGUCUCCCUCCACCCUUUCAAAAAAUAAAUGUCCUUUAAGUCUCAA